UCACACGAGGAACAUUCCGCUAGUUUAUUCGACGUUGUUUUGAUACCGCGGUCGCGAGAAUCAAAGUGUUCUUAAUGCGUAAUUAACGUACUUAUUACAUAAAAUAUAGCGCAGGCACGUCACUUUCACCGUAAUAGCUCCGCUGUAAAGAGACAUAACUUAUUAAUUAAGGAACCCCCCCUCCCGGUAACCACAAUAACACACCUCUGUAUGUGUGCGCGACUGCAAUGCGCGUGUGUACGUGUGUGUGUGAGUGUGCAUGCGCGAGCGAGUUUUGCGAAUAUACGGGUAGCAGCAGCCUUCCACCGAAUCGUGGUCGGUGCCACGAUUUUGACGAAAGGAGCGUGGGACGUCCCACGUGUGUGGUGUGUGUCGCGUCGUUUCCUGAAUAUUGUAUAUUGUAUAUUGAUGUAAAAUCAAAGCGCAUUACCUUGCCGCCUUUAUAUUUAAUAUACGCGUUUUAAUCGUUUUAAGGUAAUAAAUAAAAAAAAAAAAAGAGUAUUUGUUCAUACAAACGCCUCGCGUUUCUCUCUCGCUCUUUCGCCUCCCGCGUCUUUCUUUCCCCGCCCAGUCCUCCAGCUAGGCGACGCUGACUCGGCGAAUUGCAAAUCUCAUUAAAUGUAUAUAUACCUGGUGCUCCGUACGGAUUCAUUUUUAUAUGUUUUCCUGCGUGUCAUUGAUGAUGACUCAUAUGCAGACGCGACGCAGUUUUCAGAUCCGCUAUCGCUAUACUAGAAGCACUACUGGCUUACAAUUAGAUCGAUAAGUUUGAGAUAAUUAUCGUAAUUUCUUUCAAUUGUAAUCAUAAUUAUGUUUUACAGAUAACUCCGGUUAUAAUUACUUUUUAAACACUUACUAAUUUACACGACUUGAGGAUCGAAAUCUGACAUAUAUACGUACGUUUCCAACUUUUUGUAUAGAUGUAUUUUAUGUAGGAGAGUAUAUUUUAAUAUGUAUUUUAUGUAUUAUUAUUUUAACAUGUGCAUAAUAUGAGAUAUAUUAUUUAUAUAAUAUACACACGUGUAACAUAAAUUUUAUCUUGGCGUGUAUUGUUGACUUCGAUUCUUUUUCGUACUUUACACAUAAAUAAAAUAGUCUCUUGAAUUUUAACACUCUGAAUAUAGAUCGUUUAAAGCGAACCUAAUGUCACUUUAUUAAGAUCAUUAUUGAACGUGAUAUUAAUUCAUCGUGAUAUAUUAUAUCUGUUAUUGUGAUAUCCGCCGUGUUAUCCAUCGAGAAGAUUUGCAAACGUGACUACGUAGUUCGACCUUAGAAUCCUAGAGGGCCUAGACGACCGUUUAUAAAUCUAACCUAAGAGACAGUCCGGACGGUCGCACUCAGUGAACUCAGUCCCUUUCCGGCAACGGCGUGUAUUUGUCGAAUUACAGAUGAUUAAAAAUGUGUUUUUAGCCAAAUAGCGUGAGAUAUUCGACAAUUCGAUGGUUUUUAAUUUAAGUUACUUUGACGCUGAUGCGGUGACGAGUGUCGAACAUGUUUCAACGAUGUUGUUCGCUCGUGUCGACGAGGCGACCGGCCGCGACGAGCUUGAUCGCGCGAUUUAUCUCGAGAGGCGACGGGCCGAGGCGAUGCGCGUCGAGAGAGCUCGAGAAAUGCGCCGACAGAGCCUCCUCCGAAUCGGGUGUCUUGGAGGAGCGGCUGACGGCCGACGACGAGAGCCACGCGCUGGAACCGCGACCUAACCUCAACUUGAGCCCGGGUCCAAACAGUGUUGUAAACACGACUCCGUUCGCGCGCGAGGACUAUCUCGACGACCGUGACAUAGAGGACUUGCCGCAUGCCCUGGACGAGUGCACCGAGGACCUGUCGUACGUCGGUCCGCCCCUCACUCCGACCUUCAGCUUCGCCAAGUACGCGAACAAGUCGCGCACGAUCCAGAAGCUGGUGGAGCUCGGGGUCCAGCUGUACAAGUUCGAGGCGAAGGAGGGGAUGGUGCAGUACAUCCUGAACCUUGACUUCGAACGGGACGUGAAGCCGUACAUAACGUUCCUGCACGACUGCGGAGUGCCCGCCGAUUACCUGGGCGAGUUCAUCACGAAGAAUCCCGAAAUCUUCAAGGAGGACCUGGACGAUCUGCACACGAGGAUAAGAUACCUGAGGGCGCACGAGUUCACCGUGCCGAUGAUACAGAUCAUAAUCUGCAAGAAUCCCAAGUGGCUCCUGUACAGUACGAAGGAUAUAGACCGCAGACUCGGCUACUUCCAGAACAGCUUCAUGCUCAACGGCCACGAGGUGAGAAUGCUGACGGUCAAGGGGCCCAAGGUGGUGACGUACAGGAUGAUACAUUUGCUGGAGAACACGUUCAGCGUCAAGGAGGAGAUGGGUUUCGAUCGGCUGCAAAUGAAGAGAUUGCUCCUCACGUUGCCCAAGAUAUGGACCAAGAAUCGCGACAGACUGCUGGGUACAUUCGAUUACGCUCAUAACGAAAUGCAGCUGCAGCGUGAUUUUAUUGCGCGGAUGCCGCACGUUUUACUUUGUAGAAAAACUAGGCUCGAGCAGAGGCAUUUGUUCCUGACGAAGAUAAAAAAGGCACAGUACGAUCCCUCCAAACCGAUGUACGUUUCACCGCGAGCCUUAGUCAGCGGUACAGACGCCGAGUUCUGUAGAGAUAUCGCGAAGACGUCUACGGACAUUUACAAUGCGUUUCUGAAAACGUUUUAAUUGUGUUAUAGAUGUAAAUAAAUGAAUUAAUACAUC